AUGAGGAAGAAGCUCCUGAUCGCAGCCACAAAAGGCCUCUCCUUCCCCUCCAAUUCCAACGUCACUCCCAAAUCCAGCCUAUGUUCGAAUCUGGUUACUGCCAUUGUAGAACUCUUGAUUGUUACUUUUGGGGAAGUGGGAUUGAUGCUUAUUGUUCUUGUUGUUAGUGAUGAUUACUUAUCCUUUGAAGAACGCUAUUAUGUUGAUCUGUUAAAAGUCCAGCGGCAUGGAUGGUCACAUGCUGCUACUGUCCCUUCUGAGGCACCACAUACCCAGAAAGGCCAAAAAAGGGUUCCAAGAACUGAAAGGAGAGCUAUGGUGGAGUCUUUUGUGAACAAGUAUAGAGCAGAGAAUGCUGGGAAAUUCCCAAAAAUAUCAGAUGCCCAGAAGCAAGUUGGUGGCUGUUAUUAUGUUGUCCGGGAAAUCAUUCAGGAAUUAGAAUAUAAGUCAAAAACAAAUUCGCCAAAUACUGUGGAUAAGAAUUUGGUGGAAAAGCAGUUUGAUGGGAGUAAACAUCCUACCACCGAAUCUCUGAGUGUUUCAUCUGGUAAUAUUGGGAUUGCAAAGUACAACCCUAUCCCAGAUGGUUCUCAAUUGGUAGAUUUGGAUGACCAGGAGACUGCUAAUACUGGAUAUGAGCAUCAUGAAGAAAAUGGAGAGCCGGAGACAUCCUAUGGGGGGAGGAGGUUGUUUGAAGAAGUAGAAAUUAUGUCUAAACCAUUCGAUUUCUAUUGGGGAUUUGUUACCUUGUCCUCGGGCAGGGAGUCAUCUUGUCCGCAUUGUCUGCCUGACCACAAUUGGGGUGUUGUAGUCUUAACCUUGGUCAGGGAGUCACUUGGCUGUCCUCAAAUGGAGUGUCAAUUGCUCGGUAUCAUAUACUCCCACAAUUGGGGAGUUGAAGGCUCAACCUUGUUUGGAUGUGGUCUACGUGACCUCAACCUGGGCAUUGCCUGCUCAACCUUGACCAGAGCAUCGUCAGCUUGCCCAGGUCAUUGCAUUGUACCUGAAAGUAAUAUUGUGGAUAAAUGUUCUAAGGAGCCUUACCCAUCAAGUCUCCAUACGCCAAAUGGUAUCAAGACAGAGGAAGCUGUCCUUAGCUAUUCUGAUUCUUUUGCACCUGAAAGUCAGCUGGUACAAGAGGAAAGGGAACAUUUUUCUCCUUUGUCUAGUCAAAAUGAUGGUACUGGUUAUGAUAGAGCUCAGGGCCACGAUUAUGAUUAUGUUCAUAUAGAAAAUCAUCAAAAAGUGGAGGAAAAAUGCAUUAAGAAAGCAGACUGGGAGAGAAGGGAGCAACCUGACUUGGAAGACCUGUCUAGAGAGCUUCCUCAUUCAAGUCUCCAGGUGCCAAAUGACGUGAGGGGUACUGAAGCUUUAUCUAGUUCUUCUGAUUCUGCUACACAAGAAAGACACCCUCUAAAAGAACAAAUAGACCAAUUUUCUGCUCGUUUUAUUGAAAAAUCUGUAAGCAGUUGCAGCGAAGGUCAGAGCCAUGAUUCUAAGUUUGUUGAUGUGGAAAACCAUUCAGCAUUUGAGAACGCAGGGUAUGAGAAAAAAGACAAAAGGGCUGUGGAUGGUUCAAAGCAUGAAAUAGAGCAAUCUCAAAGGUCUUCAGAGUUGGAUGAGUCCAAAAUGGACAGCUCUAAUAGCAGGGAUAACAAUGUUGCAGUAUAUUCAGAGAAAUCGACUUUGUGGGGAAAUGUGAAGUCAUUUGCUAAUGGCAUCUUAAAUAUGUGGAAAAAAUUGUGA